AUGACUACUUCUUUACCAUGUUUACUACUAUACUUUUACGUCAUCUUCAAUGUUAUCAAUCUCAUACAAACAAUUCCAAAGGGCUAUUUAAUAGGAGCAUCGUAUGAUCCUGCAUCAUCAUCGAACUCAUUAUUCAAAAUUGAUCCAUUAAGCGGAAAAUUUACAGUCCUCACACCUUUAACGAAUUACAGAGCAUACGAUGUUACUUAUGAUUUUAUUCACAAAAUUUUCUAUGUUCUUGGUAGUGAAACAACGUUAGAAAAAGAAGCAGCAAUGUCAGUGGCCAAAGUUAAUCCAUUCAAUGGCACAAAAAAUAUCGAACAAUUACGACAGAACCUGCCCUAUGGUCCCGAUUACCUUGUUGGUAUUGAUAUCACAAAGCGAAAAAUAAUCAGUGAAAUAACUGAUUCAAAUUUACCAGCUUAUUUAUGUUAUGAUAAUAAAAUGAAUGCUUUUUAUGGUAUGGAGAUUUUCCAGAACGAACGUGGCUGUCGUUUAGUACGUUUAAAUCCAUAUAAUGGUACGAUGGAUAUUUUAUCCAAAGAUUUGAAAGAUUAUGAACCAUCUGCUGGUACUUGUCAUGAAGGAUAUUAUUUUACAAUGAUUGUCAAGAGUCUAGACAAACAAAACAUUAUCACAUUUGAUUUAAGCAAUAGUUCAACAAUAAUUGCAAAUAAGCCAGCACAAGAAUAUUUAGAUUCAUUUGCAUUUGUUCCACUCUAG